AUGCUGCACUUAUCUGCCCUGCGGAGCGGCUUUUCAGAAGGAGCGCUGCCCACCACUGGUGAGCCGCCCCGGUGGCUGGGCACGGAGAAACCGCCGGAGCCCGGCGGCAGUGCUGCCCAGCCCAUGGAUAUUCAUGUUCUUCAAAGCCAGCCCGCCCAGAAGGUCGCGUUUAAAGACUCUUCCACGGUUCGUGUGGGUAAUAAACUUGUUCGCAAUAAGCCACCCACCCAGCCCUCUGCUAUGCGACCCAAGCGUAAUUCCAUCGCUGUAAAAAGUAAUGUACAGACUGCAAGUGGAGCGGGAGUUGUUGUUCCACCCGCCCAACCCACGAGUUGUCAUUUGGUCCGCGGCGGGUUCCAGCCGCGCCUUCCGACUUCGCUGCCGCCCCCAGGGCAGCAGCAGCAGCCGUCGCCGCUACCACGCCGACAGCCCGUCCCGUUGAUGCCUCCCGCGCAGCUUCAUCCGGGAGCACCCCAUGUGGUCGCUCCGGCGCCUGCGGUCCCUCUUCAGUCGCCACCGCCUUCGGAGCUGAUGGACGUCGACCCCUCAGCCGGGCCGCCUUCCCAAGCGGUGGCUGUGCAGCCUGUCCUGCAACCGCUUUCCUUGGGCACCCCCAAGGAGUCUGACACCGCAGCGCCUUGUCCGGCGCCCACUCAGCAGCCGUCGACGCAGCGUCAGGAGACGCUGCCUCUCUUCGUGGGUCCCGACGCCCCGUCGCGUCCAAUAGGGAAGCACACUGUGUCCAUUGGUGUGAACAAGACGUGGCGGAAGUUUGCAAAAGAGGCACCGUGUCGCAUCGGCCGCAGCCGUGACCGCAGCUGUCGCGGCACGCCUGAUUUUUGCGACACGUGGCAUGCAUAA